CCAUGUUUUUCCAUGUUUUUUUUCCAGCAUGACCGACUGGGAGACGGCGCCGGCCGUGACCGAGACUCCGGAUAUCAAACUUUUUGGGAAGUGGAGCACGGAUGAUGUGCAGAUCAACGACAUCUCCCUGCAGGAUUACAUUGCAGUGAAGGAGAAAUACGCCAAGUACCUCCCGCACAGCGCCGGGCGCUACGCGGCCAAGCGCUUCCGCAAGGCCCAGUGCCCCAUCGUGGAGCGCCUCACCAACUCCAUGAUGAUGCACGGCAGGAACAACGGCAAGAAGCUCAUGACCGUCAGGAUCGUCAAGCACGCCUUCGAGAUCAUCCACCUGCUCACCGGAGAGAACCCCCUCCAGGUGCUGGUCAACGCCAUCAUCAACUCGGGGCCCCGCGAGGACUCGACUCGGAUCGGCCGCGCCGGCACCGUCCGGAGACAGGCCGUGGACGUGUCCCCCCUGCGCAGGGUCAACCAGGCCAUCUGGCUCCUGUGCACGGGCGCCCGCGAAGCCGCUUUCCGCAACAUCAAAACCAUCGCCGAGUGUUUGGCUGAUGAGCUCAUUAACGCAGCCAAGGGCUCUUCCAACUCCUACGCCAUCAAGAAGAAGGAUGAGCUGGAGCGUGUGGCCAAAUCCAACCGUUAGAGACCCCCCUGGAACGGGGGGACCCCUCCCCAAAUAAAUCCAUGUGUUCUCUGAACCCCCCCCGCCUGUCCUGGGGGUCAAUUCCCAACCCCCUCCCAAAAAUUCAGGAUCUGGGAA